UUCCUGAAAACCUCCUGGAGUCUCAAAGUUCAUUAACUCGAAGUUGUGGCAUCAUUAUGGCGGAUAAAGAAGCUGAUGGAAAAGUCGAUGAACUUAAAUGGCUUGAAACACUUGAUAAAGAACUGCAGGAUACGAAUAAAGAAAGAAGUAUAUGCUCAUCCUUGGAGCAAAGUGUUCUCAACUGCGAACAAGAAUUAAAUGGAAGGGCUUCUUCCAUGUUGCCAGUCAGUUCAUCUGUGAAGACUCAACAUGAUCAGGAUGCAUCUAGGGAGUUCAAGAAUCAGAUAACUGGAUCACAAGAUGGAGCAUGUUUAACAAAAUCAGUUGAGACUGGCUCUGAAAAGCAACGACAUGAAGAGAGAGCAAAUAAAUCUUCUUUUUCUACAUGUUUUCUAGGUCUGCUAUUGAAUUCAGGGGGACCUGAUGUCUCUGUUAAGGAUUUCCAAAGCAUGCAUUCGUCAUUGAAUUUCAGUAUUAAAGACAGCGCUCAGGAAUGCAACAGGAGAUUUCCAUGGCCUAGCAUUGGCGUGAAUGCAUGUGUAUCAAAGCAAAAGCAGAUAGUCGACGAUAUUAUAACUGGCUCACAGAUGUUAGAAAAGAGGCAAGCCCCUCCAUUAGAUAAGUUUAAGAGGAAUGCAAAUGAAUGGUCAGAAGAAGAAUUAGACUUUCUUUGGAUUGGUGUGAGAAGAUAUGGAGUUAACAAUUGGAAUGCAAUGCUAAGGGAUCCAAAACUUUGCUUCAUGAAAUCAAGAGCUGCGGAGGAUCUUGCUGAGCGAUGGAAUUUAGAGCAAAGAAAGCUUCUGAAUGGUGCACUAUUCAAGCCAGGAACACUGUCUGUACCAGACCUUUCACUGCCUCCUUUUACGACUGAUUCUUGGCCAGCAAAACCAUCAUUAAGUAACCACUAUGGUGGUAAUGGUGCCUGGUCAGCUUGUUCAGAAUUCCCAAUGCUCACAGCUGAGCCUAAACUUUCUCUGGGAGAUGUAUACCUCAAGAAUGAGAACACCUUCAAGAGAAAUCCACUUCAUUCAUUAGGCCUGGGCCCAGCCAAUCCUCUCACAAGUGUCAGUCCGCCUGCAGAUUCCAUCCUCUGCAGCUUCCCGGUGGGUUCUUCUUUCCCAGGGUCAGGACUCGCUCACCAUAAAUCUUUCAAUGUUCACACAAGGUAUGACUAUGAAUCAUCUUCUUCGCACCACAAGUCAGUUGAAAGGCUGACUCAGGAUCACCAACCAACGAGUGUGCCAGCAAGUAAUCUCCCUCAUUGGCUUAGAGAUGUGUUGAUCCCACAACCAAAGCCAAGCAAUUCAACAUUGCCUCCUGUUUCAGCCCUGGCACAACCUGCAAGCAUGCUUAGUACUGACACAAGAGUAGAGCCAACUGCUCCACCUAAGGAUUCCCGGGGACGGGGAAUUCUGAAGAGAAAGAACAUCACAUCUGGUAAUCAUGCUAGCACCGUAAGCGUGUCUGAAAGAUCGGUAUCUAUGAAUGAGCAUCGGAUGGGGAAAAGGCCUGGUGCUCUUCCAACUCUGGGUGUGAACUCCCCGAAACCUACAUCGGUUAAUACAGGUUCAGGUCUGAAUGGUGUAUCCAAUUUGAAUAAGAAUUCAGGUCCUGGCGGACCAAGUAACUUGGUUGUUAUUGAUAGUGAUGCAUCUUCUGAGGAGACGAUAUCGGACAGCUAGUUCUCUAAGAAAUGGCAUUGCGGUUGGUAAGUUGUACAGGGUUUUGUUUUGAGCCUGUACAGUUUUUCUAUAUAUAAAUGACCUGUUAAUUUUGUUGUCCUCGAUGUAUUCUUGUAGGAGCUAAUCCCAUCUCCUUUUGUUUA